AUGGAUAGACGUGGAGGCCGCGGUGGAGGAAAAGUCCUCCUCCCCCCAAUCAACUUUAUCUUCAAGCUCUUACAAUCGCGGGCGACCAUCUCAGUAUGGCUGUACGAGAACCUUGGCCUGCGCAUCGAAGGAAAGCUGAGGGGAUUCGACGAGUUCAUGAACCUAGUCAUCGAUGACGCCGUCGAGGUGACGCUUGCAAAGAAGGAUGCGCCCGAGGAAAGGCGCAAAGUUGGUCAGAUCUUGCUCAAGGGCGACAACAUCUCCCUCAUCCAGCAACUGUCGUAG